CGCCCUCACCGCGGGGGCGGGGGCGGCAGCGGCGCCUGCGCGUCUUCCGUCACGGUCAGCGGGCGGGUCCCCCGGGCGGUCCACCUGAGCGUCGCCGAGCCGCGCCGCGGGGGACGAUGGCGAUGAACUACAACGCGAAGGAUGAGGUGGACGGCGGACCCCCGGGUGCCCCUGGGGGCGCCGCGAAGAGCCGCAGGCCGGACAACACGGCCUUCAAACAGCAGCGGUUGCCGGCCUGGCAGCCCAUCCUCACGGCCGGCACGGUGCUCCCCACCUUCUUCAUCAUCGGCCUCAUCUUCAUCCCCAUCGGCAUCGGCAUCUUCGUCACCUCCAACAACAUCCGCGAGAUCGAGAUUGAUUAUACCGGAACAGACCCUUCCAGUCCCUGCAAUAAAUGUUUGUCUCCAAAUGUGACACCGUGUAUUUGUACCAUUAACUUCACACUGGAACAGUCAUUUGAGGGCAAUGUGUUUAUGUAUUAUGGGCUGUCUAAUUUCUAUCAAAACCAUCGUCGUUAUGUGAAAUCUCGAGAUGAUAGUCAACUAAAUGGAGAUUCCAGUGCUUUACUUAACCCCAGUAAGGAAUGUGAGCCUUACCGAAGAAAUGAAGACAAACCAAUUGCUCCUUGUGGUGCCAUUGCCAACAGCAUGUUUAAUGAUACAUUAGAGUUGUUUCUGGUUGGCAAUGAAUCUGAUCCUAUGCCUAUUCAUUUGAAAAAGAAAGGGAUUGCUUGGUGGACAGAUAAAAAUGUGAAAUUCAGAAAUCCCCCUGGAGGAGAAACCCUAGAAGAACGAUUCAAAGGUACAACAAAGCCAGUAAACUGGGUUAAACCAGUAUACAUGCUGGAUUCUGAACCAGACAAUAAUGGGUUCAUAAAUGAGGAUUUUAUUGUUUGGAUGCGUACUGCAGCAUUACCUACUUUUCGUAAGUUAUAUCGUCUUAUAGAGCGGAAAAGUGAUUUACACCCCACAUUACCAGCUGGACGAUACUAUUUGAAUAUCACAUACAAUUAUCCUGUACAUUCUUUUGAUGGACGAAAACGGAUGAUCUUGAGCACUAUUUCAUGGAUGGGAGGAAAAAACCCAUUUUUGGGGAUUGCUUACAUCGCUAUUGGAUCCAUCUCCUUCCUUCUGGGAGUUGUACUGCUAGUGAUUAAUCACAAAUAUAGAAACAGUAGUAAUACUGCUGACAUUACCAUUUAAUUUCAUAUUCUGAAAACAAAUUUACUGCAUGUGCAUCCAGGCCAGUCCUAUUCAACCUAGCUUUCGAGUGCUGAUGUCUGGUUAGUAUGUUAUUUUUGAAGUUGGCACAUAACUUUUUUUCUUUGUCCUUUGCAUCUUGCUUAUGGAUGACUUAUGAAAAUUUAUGACGGGUAUAAAACAGAUUAGUUCUAUUGAUCAUGAUCGACACUGUAGCUGCUGAAAUGAUGUCUGCUGUUGUUGGGACAGGCCAGCGAUGCAGAGGCUCUCAUGUGAAGCCCGCCUCCUGCCCAGUGUUCAUGCUGUGUUGAUAAUACCAUACUGACACAUGAUGCUGUGCAUGUGAGCCGAUUGUGUGAAGAAAGGAUUACAAGGUGUAUGAGUGUAAUGACUUGUUAACCUUCUAGGAUUCAGAGUUAUGAAAAGAUGAAGAAAGACCAAAUCUAAAUAAAACACUUCAUCAUUUUCAUGUGUCAUGUGUAAAGGCUUCAAGUGCCAUCUUGUUUGAGGUGGUUCCUGUAUUCAGUGUAUCCAGCGCAGUUCUUUGUCAAGCUUAGCUUCGAUUUUCAGGACAUGCUUACCUUGUCCAGCGUAGGAAUUACUACUCAUGUCUGACGAGGUCAGGGAGGAAAAUUUAAAAUUCCUAUUUCUAUUUGGUUAAGGUUUUGCAGUCAGGAACCCCGACUCACUUGAUAAGUUUUUACAUGUGAUCAUUUCCCUUGAAGCUUGCACUUCAUAAGGGAUGAAAGAAUAUAGGUGAGAUGAGAAAAUUUAUUGGCAGACCUUCGUCUUCUGCCUCAGCUGUAAACCAGAUGUAAAUGUUCAAAGGAGCUGUUUUCAUUCUUGUGGUAUUUAACAUUCAAGAAAUUUACUUCAGCAUUGAAAAUACCUCAGCUGGUUUUCCUUGCAGGUAAGUGUUUUGACUUAAGUACUAAUAUGGCAGAAAUUUUGGAAAACAGCAACCUUCAUUUCCUCUGUAUUCCUUCUGUUUUUGCGCAUAGGUCAGACGGGGUGGUGUACAUAGUGCCUGUUCACCUCAGUUAAGGCACUGGUUGUUUUGGUUGUUUUUCUGAAGAUAUACUUUUAAAAGAAGUUCUUUCAAGUUUCUUAAAUAAAUUCUGGAGGUUUUGGAGUAUGUACAUGACAAUUAUAAUAUAUAUGGUUGAAGUUAUUUUCUGUUAACUGGAAUUAUUUUAAUUUACUGAAUAAAUGCUGUAAUUUGCUAUGGAACUUAUUCUUGAAUGUAAACUUAUUUUUUCACAUGCAUGAAAAUGUAUGUCUUAAUCAGAGAUGGCUUAAUUGCCCUGAAAUUGCCUUUUUUUUUAACUAAAAAUUUAACUCAUAACAUUUGUAUAAAAGAAUGCCUAUUUAUUCAGUUUGUAAUGGUUUUCUUCAAGUUACAUUUUAAAUCAAGAGGUCUGGGUAGUGUAUCAGUUUUGAUUAAUAUUUUUUUAAAAAUAAAAAAUAAUGUAAUGUUUAAUAGUAGAAAUGUGCCAUACUUAAGUUUUGUAUGACAUGAAAUUCAGUUAAAAUUAAGAAUGUGUAGUUCAUAAUGACUUGUAACUGGUAGAAUAUUGCUUGCAUGAAGUACUUAAUUGUACCUGAAACUUCUGAGUGCACAGGGUAUAUUCAUCAUCUAAAAAUACUCUUUGUUGUGUCGGCCCUUCAGAAUAUUGUUAUUUACUCUGAUAACUGACCGCCGUGAACAUGGCAUUUUAUUAAAGGGAUGCAGCGUGGGGAGAAGGGUGUCUUGCCAGUCCAUCCGGACUGAGUUUGCGCUGUUUGUGGGGGAAGACGCUUGCAUCUCUGUUCUAACUGGGGGACCACAGGUGCUGCUGAAGAAGACUCAACCUUCCAGCACUUUCCCAUCUGUAGUGAAGAUGGCAUCUUAAAAUACAUUUGGAAUUUUAUCUAUUUUACAAGUACAUUGAUGGCCUAAAUUCCUCCCUGUGUUCUAUGUAGCAUUUGAGCCCUAAGGAUUUCUUUUGCUAAAUAUGAAGAAUAUGGAACAUUCAUAUGGCUCUGUGAAACACGGCGGGGUGCGGAAACAUUUUUUACAGGCUUUAUGCUCAUCUUUCACAAACAUUAAGUCGUAUUCAACCUUCAAAGAAUCAUACUGCAUUUUAAGACAGCUAGGUUAAGUAGAAGGCAUUGAAGAGUGCAUUAAAGUGUAGGAAGGAUUUUGAUAUAUGAAGUUUUCCAAUUGAAGGAAUUAUUUAAAAAUAAGUAAAAGCUAAGAAGUUUCAUUGAAAUUAUAAGGCAGUUAAAAAUAAAUUGGUAAAAAUAACUGUACUACCUAAUAGAGAAUUAUUGAACCAGGAGGAGAGUAAACAUUUGCUUAUUAGUAACAGAUUUUUUGUAACCUUGAUUGUACUAAAUGGUAAUGUUCUGUGUAAAUAAACAUGAACGAAAGGAA